AUGAGUGCUACCAUCAAGUUGGAGAAAACCGACAGACGUGAUACUCUUGUCGAGAUCGAGAAGAAGUAUCAGAAGUUCUGGGAUGAAAACAAGUUUUUCGAAGUGGACGCUCCUACUUUGGAAGAGGAUCCCGAAGACGAUCCAGAUCAGUUGAGAGAGACGUUUCCAAAGCACUACAUCACCAUGGCCUACCCAUAUAUGAACGGUGUCUUGCACGUGGGACACUCUUUCACCUUGUCCAAGGCCGAGUUUGCCACUGGUUUCGAGAGAAUGAGAGGCAAGAGAGCUUUGUUCCCAUUGGGUUUCCACUGUACCGGUAUGCCCAUCAAAUCUUCCGCUGACAAGAUCAAAAGAGAGGUGGAACAGUUUGGCGCUGACUUCUCUGGCGUUCCUGCUGAGGAUGAGGAAGAAGAGGAACAAGUCAAGGAGGAAGUCAAGAAGGUUGACCCCACCAAGUUUGCCGCUAAGAAAUCCAAGGCUGUAGCCAAGCAAGGGAGAGGAAAGUACCAGUUUGAGAUCAUGUUGCAAUUGGGUCUUUCCAAAGAGGAGGUGGCAGCUUUUGCCGACCCACAACACUGGCUCCAGUACUUCCCUCCUUUGGUCAAGAGAGAUGUCUCUGCCUUUGGAGGAAGAGUCGACUGGAGAAGAUCCAUGGUCACGACUCCUGCCAACGCUUACUACGACGCUUUCGUCAGAUGGCAAAUCAACAGAUUGAAGGACUGUGGCAAAAUCAAGUUUGGUGAGCGUUACACUAUUUACUCGGAAAAGGAUGGCCAAGCUUGUUUGGACCACGACAGACUGAGUGGAGAAGGUGUCAACCCACAGGAAUAUGUGGGCAUCAAGAUUGAGGUGACUGAAUUUGCCCCUGAAGCGCAAAAGAUUUUCGCUGAAAACAACUUUGAUCUUUCCAAGAACAAGGUGUACUUGGUUGCAGCCACUUUGAGACCAGAAACCAUGUACGGUCAAUCUUGCUGUUUCGUGUCGCCCAAGAUCACUUACGGUGUUUUCAAAGCCGCGGAAGGUGUCUACUACAUCACCACUAAGAGAGCAUUCAAGAACAUGUGCUACCAGAAAUUGACUCCAACCAGAGGUGACCACACUGCUACCUUGACUAUUGGUGGUGGUGCCAUUGUCGGUUCCAAGAUCCUUCCACCUUUGGCCUUGUUGAGCAACUUGCGUGUUCUUCCGAUGGAGACCAUCUUAGCCUCCAAGGGUACUGGUGUUGUCACCUGUGUUCCAUCUGACUCGCCAGACGAUUUUGUCACCACCAGAGACUUGGCCAACAAGCCAGACUACUACCACAUUGAAAAGGAUUGGGUCAACACAGAAAUCAUUCCUAUUGUGCGUACUGAAAAGUAUGGUGACAAGGCGGCCGAGUACUUGGUGAAUGAAUUGAAAAUCCAAUCUCCUAAGGACCAAGUCCAAUUGGCAAAGGCCAAGGAGCUUGCUUACAAGGAAGGUUUCUACAAUGCCACGAUGUUGGUUGGAAAGUACAAGGGUGAAAAGGUUGAGGAAGCCAAGCCUAAGGUCAAGGCUGACAUGAUUGCUGCGGGACAAGCGUUUGUUUACAAUGAGCCUGAAUCGCUUGUUGUUUCUCGUUCUGGUGAUGACUGUGUGGUCUCCUUGGAAGACCAGUGGUACAUUGACUACGGAGAAGAAUCGUGGAAGUCUCAGGCUUUGGAAUGUCUUGCCAGCAUGGAGACAUACUCGAAGGAAACCAGAAAUGGCUUCGAAGGUGUCUUGGAGUGGUUGAAAAACUGGGCGCUCACUAGAACUUAUGGUUUGGGUACCAAAUGUCCAUGGGAUGAGUCUCAAUUGAUUGAGUCCUUGUCGGACUCUACUGUGUACAUGGCAUACUACACUAUUGCUAGAUUCUUGCACUCGGACUACUACGGUAAGAUCCCAGGCAAAUUUGACAUCAAGCCCGAACAAAUGACAGACGAGGUGUUUGACUACAUCUUCACUCGCCGUGAAGACGUCAAGUCGGACAUUCCUUCCUCUCAAUUGAAGGCUAUGAGAAGAGAGUUUGAGUACUUCUACCCAUUGGACCUGAGAGUUUCCGGUAAGGACUUGGUUCCUAACCACUUGACCUUCUUUAUUUACACGCAUGUGGCUCUUUUCCCAAAGAAAAUGUGGCCUAGAGGUGUUAGAGCUAACGGUCACUUGAUGUUGAACAAUGCCAAGAUGUCGAAGUCUACUGGUAACUUUUUGACUUUGGAGCAAUGUGUGGAGAAGUUUGGUGCUGAUGCUUCGAGAGUGGCUUUGGCCGAUGCGGGUGACACUAUUGAAGAUGCCAACUUCGACGAAGCUAACGCUAACGCUGCCAUCUUGCGUUUGACUACCUUGAAAGAAUGGUGUGAGGAAAUCACCUCGUCUCAAGACAAAUUGAGAACAGGAGAGUACAACUUCUUUGACCAAGCUUUCGAGAACGAGAUGAACUUCUUGAUUGAGCAGGCUUACGAACAGUACGAGCUCACCAACUACAAGAGUGCGCUUAAGUACGGUUUGUUCGACUUCCAAUCGGCAAGAGACUACUACAGAGAUUCUGUUGAGUCAAUGCACAAGGAUUUGGUUCAAAAGUACAUCUUGAACCAGGCAUUGUUGUUGGCCCCUAUUGCUCCACACUUUUCUGAGUUCUUAUACAAAGAAAUCUGCGGCCAGACUGGUUCCGUGCAAACCGCUGCUUUCCCUAGAGCCUCGAAGCCUGUGUCUCAAGGUUUGUUGGACUCUCUUGAAUACGUCAAGGAAUUGGCUAGAGCUGUUCGUGAAGCUGAGGCUGUUGUCUUGAAAUCCAAGAAGGGUAAGGCUGAGGUUGACCCAAGCAAGCCUGCACUGGUCACUUUGCUUGUGGCAUCUUCUUUCCCCGAAUGGCAAGAUGAGUACAUUGAGCUUGUGAGACAAUUGUUUGAGGCCAACACUUUGAACGACAACAAGGUCAUCAAGGAGAAGGUGGGUAAGGAUAUGAAGAGAGCCAUGCCGUUCAUCAACUUUUUGAAACAAAGAUUGGCAAAGGAGAGCCCCAAGACAGUUUUCAACAGAAAAUUGACCUUCGACGAGGGCGAACUUCUCAAGCAGGUUGUUCCUAACCUCGCCAAGUCCACUACCACAGUUAAGAUUGCCGAAAUCAAACUUAUUUCGUUCCCACACGGAAGCAAGAUUGGUACCGAUAUUCUUACCGGAGAGGAGGUGGAAAUCACCGCCACUGGAAAGGUUGUUGAGGCUGCUGUUCCAGGUGAGCCAGGUAUCAUCAUCAAGAACACUGAAUAG